GUUUUCUUUCAUUUUUCCACCCGCGGCUCGCUCGCGGUACAAUUGUGUAGUUGUGCGCGUGCACCAAUGUGCAUAAGUUAAGCCGUGUUCUGUUUCUGCUGGCUUCUUGCCCGAGAUUCGGCAACGGGGAAAAACAACAAUCUAGCGAAAACGUUUUCUCCAAAAGGCAUCAUACUGUUGGAAAUCGGGCUACAUCCUUGUUCUCGAACGCGUUCACAAGAAAUCGGCCACGAUGAACCGAUCGUCGAAAAGCACUACGCUCCGCAAGACAGCCGGCUACUCCAGCCUGAUAACCUUUGCCGUCCUGCUACUGGCCUGGCUUUGCGGCUUCUCCAGCCGGCUGUUUGCUGUGAUUCGUUUCGAGAGCAUUAUCCACGAAUUUGAUCCAUGGUUCAACUAUCGUGCCACGGCACACAUGGUGGAAAAUGGAUUCUACAAGUUCCUCAACUGGUUCGACGAAUCUGCCUGGUAUCCGUUGGGGCGUAUCGUCGGUGGUACCGUGUACCCGGGUCUGAUGAUUACAUCCGGUGGAAUUCACUGGCUGCUCCACACGCUCAACAUUCCAGUACACAUUCGCGACAUUUGUGUGUUUUUGGCACCGAUCUUCAGUGGCCUUACCGCGAUCUCGACCUAUCUGCUGACGAAGGAGCUGUGGUCAGCCGGAGCCGGAUUGUUUGCGGCCAGCUUCAUCGCCAUCGUGCCCGGUUACAUCAGUCGCUCGGUGGCAGGAUCGUACGAUAACGAGGGUAUUGCUAUCUUCGCACUGCAGUUCACCUACUAUUUGUGGGUGAAAUCGGUGAAAACGGGUAGCGUGUACUGGGCGGCUUGUUCGGCGCUUUCAUACUUCUACAUGGUGUCCGCAUGGGGAGGAUACGUGUUUAUCAUCAAUUUGAUCCCACUGCACGUGUUUGUACUGCUGAUUAUGGGUCGCUACUCACCGCGUCUGUUUACCUCGUACACAACAUUCUACAUCCUCGGAUUGAUCCUCUCUAUGCAGAUUCCAUUUGUUGGAUUCCAGCCGAUCAGGACGAGCGAACACAUGGCCGCGUCUGGCGUGUUUUUGCUGCUCUUCGCCGUUGCCGUGUUGAAACACAUACAAACGAUGCUUUCGAAGCAGGAAUUCAAGCGAUUGUUCCUUAUCGGUGGUCUCGUCGCGGCUGGUGUAGUUUUCGCCGGGGUAGUCCUGCUGACUAUGCUCGGUGUUAUCGCUCCCUGGAGCGGACGUUUCUAUUCGCUCUGGGAUACCGGUUACGCUAAGAUCCACAUCCCGAUCAUUGCAUCCGUUUCGGAGCAUCAACCGACGACGUGGUUUUCCUUCUUCUUCGAUUUACACAUCUUGGUAUGCACGUUCCCGGUCGGUCUGUGGUACUGCAUCAAGAAGAUCAACGACGAACGCGUGUUUGUCGUACUGUACGCUAUAAGUGCGGUAUACUUUGCCGGCGUUAUGGUGCGCCUGAUGCUGACAUUGACGCCCGUGGUGUGCAUACUGGCUGGUGUGGCGUUUUCCGGACUGUUGGAGGUAUUCUUGAAAGAGGACAACGCAGCUAGCUCGAAGGAGGGUGGCGCUGAUGGCGAGCAAGAGGAUGCGAGUGGUGAAAAAAAGCAAAUGUAUGACAAGGCGGGAAAAAUGAAGCAUCGCCCGAAGCAUGAUCUCUCGUCUCAUGGGGCUCACGGUGAACAGAACACGGGGCUUGGCUCCAACGUGAAAAACAUGGUAAUCGUCGCCAUUCUGAUGCUGCUCAUGAUGUUUGCCGUGCAUUGUACGUGGGUGACGUCGAACGCCUACAGCAGUCCCUCGAUCGUGUUGGCUUUCUACAACAGCAAUGAUGGCACUCGUAACAUUCUGGACGACUUCCGUGAGGCAUAUUACUGGUUGUGGCAAAACACGGCACCGGAUGCGCGCGUCAUGUCCUGGUGGGACUAUGGCUAUCAAAUAGCGGGCAUGGCGAACAGAACAACACUAGUCGAUAAUAACACUUGGAACAAUAGCCACAUCGCUCUAGUCGGCAAGGCCAUGUCUUCGCCUGAAGACAAGGCGUACGAAAUCAUGACCUCACUUGAUGUGGACUACGUGCUUGUGAUUUUUGGAGGCGUGAUUGGAUACUCUGGCGACGACAUCAACAAGUUCCUCUGGAUGGUGCGCAUUGCCGAGGGUGAACAUCCGAAGGACAUACGCGAAAGCGAUUACUUUACCGACCGUGGCGAAUUCCGCAUCGACUCAGAAGGAGCACCAGCGCUGCUCAAUUGUCUGAUGUACAAAUUGAGCUACUAUAAGUUUGGAGAGUUGAAACUCGAUUACAGAGGUGCUGCUGGGUAUGAUCGCACUCGAAAUGCCGUUAUCGGUAAUAAAGAUUUCGAGCUGACGUAUCUCGAGGAGGCAUAUACUAGCGAACACUGGCUGGUACGCAUUUAUCGUGUGAAGAAACCGCACGAGUUUAACCGACCGACACUGAAGCCGGACGAACGCGUGCUUCCGGCUAGCGAGUUUCUUUCUCGCAAAUCGAUUAAGCGAAGGAAAGGGCUAAUCAAAAACCGUCCCGUCGUAGUGAAGGGAAAGCGGAAUAAGUAAGCAAUCUGGAAUGCAAACAAACCCUCUGUGUCACGUCACUUUGCUAGGGCAAGAGGAUUGCCUAUUUUUCCUCUGUCCAUUCGAGAGCAAUUUUUAGUGAGGGUUGCAAAAACAGGUGUCACAAUACCGAUCCGAUUAUUCAAUGGGACGUUGCGAGAAAAUGCUGUGAAGGGCGUAAAAGUUAGCCAACUGGUAUCAGAUUUGCGAUCGAGUGCUUGUUUCGUUAAUAUUUUAUCUCAUUGGUUCAUUAAAGUAAUGUUUAGAAUGAGUACACCGAUAUACAAGCGACGUUAAAAAAACUAACAAAAACUCUUAGCUGGGGUUCAGAAAAAUCGGGAUCCUCUUCUUUUGGCAUUUGUUUAAACGCAUAGUGUUUUCAUAGUAGUUGCAAUACCAAUUCCUUAUUCUCUUGAGCAUUGUGCACUGUUUGUCUUGACUAAUUAUAUUUGUGUUCCACAUCUAUGUCCGCAUUUCACUCCUCUUUCCAUCGAUGAUUUGAUUUCGUAAAAGUUUGAAGUGCGUAUAUCUCGUUAUGCAUUCAACAGUACCAACAAACUUAAGAUGACUUGAUAUCGUAAGACUUUUUGUGUUGUGUGGAAGGUUUUUAUCCUUCCACCGAAAUGAAACGUGAACAAAUACAAUUAGGACUAGGAAAGGUAAAAGCGCGGUAAGCAAACGUAUCCCACUACCAACAGCAGAAGGGAGGACAGCAUUCUAGCAACACACUUGGUGUCAGUUUGAUAUCUUGUACCUUUUCUCGAUAAAUACCAGAUCGACCUGUUACCAUGGAGACGUGAAGUUGAGACGAACGUGCCGUGGCAUCGCAAUAGUGGGGAUAAAAUUUGCGCUCUAUUCGACCGGUCCAGAGCGCUAAGGAAGAUCGAUCUAAUUAGGGUGUGUUUGUUCAUUUGUUUAUCUAUUCCAAUAAGCUGCUCCUGGAUGCCGCGCAUAAGAGAAAUAGUAGAAAAAGUUAAAGAAAAAAAAACAAAGAUCAACAAACAGACUCUAGCCGAACACUGAAUAAAACAUAAGGCGAAUAUAAAAAUUCGGA